AAGUCCAUUGCUUUUUGUCGCACUUCGCUUGCUGGUUUUUAUAUUAGUUAUAAUACAUUAACGUUACAAAAAAGAACAUCACAUCAACGGUCAAUGAUCAGUUUUGUGCUGUUUUUUGUACUCAAUAUUACAUUAUCUUUGAAUGAUACAAUAACAUUAAUAAUACUCCAUGUUUUAUCUCAGCUAUGUCCAUCACUGGUCAAACAUAUACUGCCCCACCUCCCACACUUGCAGCUUUCCUUGUGGGAGAUGCCAUUGGAUUUGUACCAAAACCAUGGCCGCGAGCCAAGUUCAAAGAAGCUCUGGCCGAUACUCUCCACGUGUUUGGAGAUCCCUGGAUGAUAUGCGAGUGUAAAGAACCGCCAACACUUCACCAGGAAACUGCGGACGAACAGAGUUGGUUAGCUGUCACUAAAAUGUCCAUGGAAGUCAGGAAUGAAUUUAAUGAAAUGCGAAAUAGCAGGCAUAAAUCGGAACCAUGUAAAGCAUGCAAGGAAAUGAAAAAGGAGAGCAUUGUAGAUGUGAUGUCAGAGAAAUGGGAAAAUGCCAAAAAAGAGGACGAUCACAAUACGUUUUGCCUGAUAGGAAUCACUGAGGAAGAAAAGAUGCCAGAGGUACUGUCGGAAAAAAGGGUACUACCUGACAGGUUUCAGCAAAUACUUCAAGAAGUGAAAAAGAAAAAGUGUGAAACAGUACACGACACAAUGUUAUACUUGGAAGAAGAACUGUCUCAAACUAUGACUACGUCAUUGAAAUUGAACGACAAUGUAGGAAAGGAAUUUAAAAUGAAAAUACCAACCAUUGUUGUGGUGGUUGAGGGUGAUCUUGACACAAUUAACCACGUGGCCAGAGCUGUACAGAAAAACAUUCCAGUACUGUUGGUGCGAGGAUCUGGAAUGGCCGCGGACCUGAUUGGAUACUGUUCAGA